GUAACAUUUCAACGUAAUGGGCACCCCUCGAAGUAAUAUUUUAACGUGCAGGGAACUCCUAUAGACUUUAAUGGAGCCCCGUCCUCGUAAAAUAUAGACGACAGGGGACCAUGACGUUUCAGAUCUCGGGGAUGACUGGCCCACAAUAGGAAUAAAAAAUAGCAUAAUAAAUGAUAUGUAUAUAACAUUUAAACACAUAGAGAGUGGCAAAAUAACAGCUCCUCCAUUUUUAACAGCCGUUUUUUAGUUUAACGUUGCUCUAUAAAUAAGGUUUUCGCCAGAAGUUUUGGCGGAUAUUGCGUCAAACUGACGAGCUAUAGGCAUUAUACACUGUCGAUAGUCGAUUAAUUAAUUUAUUUUUGUCUUUGCAUAGCUUCAUUUAAAUCUGGUUUAAAUGUUUAAAUGUUUAAGAAACGCAUUUGCCAUUAUUUCUACGCUGGCAUAUUUAGUGUUUUCCUAUGUGGAUAGCGGUGCCGCCCAACUAGACGGAGCGGCAUCCUUGGCGUCGCGCACCGCUCGGAAUAGCCGCCGAGCGCGGCGCUUUCAGCUUUGACUUCAUUGCCGCUGACCUAUCAAGGCGCGACCAAUGGCUGAGCCAAGAAGCAAUGAUGACGUCCCUGCGCUGGUCGUGCAUCUAUGCACUGCGCGCCACUCGACGCACAGAUCUGCACGCGUUUUCAACUUGGUAAGUAAAAUACAGAAGUACAAUUAUCCCCACCGCUACCUAGUUAGCUCAAUAAGUUGUAGUUCAAACCCUUCAACGUGCAGGCUAGCAGUCUAAUGGGACGAUGAAUGAUGUAAAGCGUUAAUAAAAAUACUAGCUAGCUCCAACAAGUGAAACCUACAGUAACGUUAGCGGUAAGGUAACGUUAGCUGCUGUUAGCAAAUCAAGUGUUUCUUUAUGCCUAGCUUAUUGCCACAUAUAACCUCAUAACGGGUACAAUCAUGGUCUCACCUAGCACCUAAGCACUAACUUUGAAAAGCCAUCCCUAACUUUGAUUGAAAAUACUCUAACAGCAGAUUAACUGUUUUGACUUUACUAUUGUGCUAUUCCUGAAUUGUCUACAGUAAAAUGAACUUGAUAAAGCCUGAUAAGUUUUCCUACUGCUAUUGUCUCUCUUAUUCCAUCUCAACAUGUGCUUAAUGUAAUUAGCCAUAACAGUAGAUUUACUAAAAUAUUGGCCAGAUGUGUUGGUGAAGUAGUGGCAGAGAAACAGUAAAUAUGUUGUUUAGACAGUUACAAAAUGCAGUUUGUCUAAUAUUUGUCAGUAAGUUUAUAAUCACACAGUGUAAUAAAUCAGUUACUAGUUCAUAGUAAGUUUUUACUAUGCCUAAUUAAGAUAAUUUUCUCUAAGUUGGCAUGGUGGCUUACGGAAUUAUUUAAUUACUUUUUUAUAAAGGAUAAUAAUUACAAUUCCAGCCACAGAUAAAUGACAUUUUGUUUAAAUUAGGCUUUUUGCAAUUGCUCAAAUUGUAUCUUAUUUGUGUUUCAAAUCAACUUUAUUCUUUCUGUACUGAAAGGAUUUAAAUUAGAGGUUUUUCUGAGUAAAUGAAUAGAGCUGAUGUUACUUAAUGCUGCCGUGUACUUUUCUGGUUCAGUAAAACCAUGAGCUGUUGUUAACAAUUAAUGCCUUAUUUUAAUAUCACAGUAAAAAUAAUCCUUAUAUAUUUUAUUCUCAUUUGCAGAAAUGACAAAACCCAAACUUCUUAAUGAUGACAUCCCCGCAAUGCUCUUGCAUCUCCACUCAACGCCUCUGCACACACUUUCAACUUGAUCUGAACGAUUACCUGCUUGAUGAAAAACUUACUGAUGACCUCCAAAAUGCUGAUGAACUGCUUGCUGAGCUGCAGAAAGAGAAGGCAGCACUACCAGCUAGGACAUCCACGUCAAAAGUCAGGUGGAGAAAGAGAGACAGUGAUGGGAAUGUACUCUAUGCAAGGCCAAGGUCACGCAGGAAUCAGUCAGAAAAAGCUGGUGAUCACACGCCUAAUCCUCCCUGCAACACUGCUGAUCAUGGCCCUAACUCUGCUUCAGAGACUGCUUCAAAGACCAUCUCUGCUGGUAUGUAAUAAUUUAUAUAACAUUCAACAUGAACUGUUAAAAUAAAGUCUCCAGAAAAGUUUUAUGGUAGUAUAAUUGUCCCUUAAUUAAGAAUUUUCCUUUUGUAUGGCUGUUUUUUUUGCAAAUGAAACGAUGAGCAAAACCAUUGUGAAACUGUAUUUUUUUUUAAUUCUUAUGUACUUUUACAAUUUUUACAAUUGUAACAGAAUGUCUUGUGCAAGAUCUACAGUACUCCUUGAGUGUCUCUGAUGAUGAGAUACAAGAAGCUGCAGUUGACCAGGGAGCUCCUCUGGCUUCUGUGGAUUGGAGCACUCGUAACGCUCUCUUUUUUGAGAGAUGGAGGGCAAAGAGACCUUACCUUGUAAAUAGCAUGCUGGCACAGGGGAACGUGGAAACAAAAAUCUGCAGUCAAUGUGGGAUCAACUGUGCAGCUGUCAGAUGCAGAGACUGCUUACCAUGUCCAUUCCUCUGCGCUGAAUGCGACAUCAGCCGGCACAACAAAACCUACAUCCUUCACAACCGGGAUGCUAUGUGUGCUGGUUUCUUUCAGCCAUUGCCUCCAACCAGUUGCGUUGUGGAUAAUGCUGUUACACACUGUGUACGGCUUUUGCCUAUUGAGAUGCCUGUCCAAAUCUGUCGCUGUCCACCAGAGGCAUUGAGGGUCAUCCAAGGAAAGGCAGUUGCUUUGGUCACAAUAAAUGGACGGUAUGAUCUCAACAUGCCAGAGCUAAGCUGCGAGGGAUGCCAGGCUACUUGGACUGCAUAAGUGGAUGACCUUAUACAAAGUGGCUACUGGCCCGCCACCCUCAAUUUUGCGACAGUUUAUGAGGAAGACUUAUUUUUUACUUUUGAGAGCAUGAAGAUGGCAUCACCUGGAAUGUCCUGUCAGGCAUUUCUACGAAUGCUUGAGAAGCGGACUGUUCGCUUUGGCCGUACUGGAAAGCUCUCAUCUGACAGCUUUCAGAAAAGCUUUUUUGAAUGGGCUGCUGUUCAAUAUGAAGUUGAUGCCAUUUGCAAAGAGGAGCAAUUUAGCUGUCCUGCCUGCACUCCAGCAAUGCUUGCCGUCUCGGUUGACGGAAACCGCAAGCUUUAUCGUUUCAAGAGUACAGCACGAUCAGAGGAGCGGCCGAUCUUUGAUGGUGUCUUCAUUGCUAAUGAUGAAGAUGUGACCAGAUUUGUGGACCAAGUACACACCAAAACCAAACAUGUCACUGGAAAAGGCAUUUGUGGUGGGGAGUGGUUGGCAGCCCGAGAGACUUCCUGCAGAUCUAGGAGUAAGGUGGAUGAGGAAGGACUGGAGCUGGCAGUUUGCAGGCACGGUGUCUUGCUGUCUGCCCUUAAUAUGUUUAGGGGUGAAAUAUAUGCAUACCCCAUGUUCUUACAGAACCAGCUUGCGCCCAAGCACGACAUAACCUUCUUCUGUAUGGAUGUUGCAUGUAAAUACUGGCCCUACCUACAGAGAGUUUGUUUGGACUGUCCAGAGCUCCAGUCUCUUCAAAACAUGAGGCCCUUCCUGUCGGUUUUGCAUGCUAAAGCCCAUGACUUCAAAUGUGAGGUAAAAUGGAGUGGAGCCAACCAAGAUGGGGCUGGUUCGACAUUAGGGGAGGAAGUAGAGCAGUGUAAUGCGUUUCUCUCCAGAAUAGCGGUCACUACAAAGCACAUGUCAAAAGCAGGACGCAAUGACAUGCUUACACUCCUCUCCAUGAGAUGGAACCAGCAGAAGUUUCAAAACCUGGCAAAUUCUCUUUCCCAAAGAUACCAUAAGACUUCUAGAGCUCUAAAUGUCCAGUUGGGGGACCUGGAAACUCUGAAAGCCAAGCUUCAACUGCAAGAAAAAAACAUGGAGGAAUUUGUGCAAGAUGUGAAAGACUGGGCAGAUGGAGAAACAAACCACCAAGACACGACACAGGCUUUGUGUCAGAAGAUUGAGGCCCUCACAUCAAGUAUAAAAACAAGAUCUCAACGCCUCUACAAAACAAAUGACAGCAACAAAUGUCGACACAGAAUUAGACGGAAAAUAAGGCAAGAAAAGACCACUUUGCAGACCAUGCUAGCCAAGUACAACAGCCUUGUAACACCCGAGCAAGCAGUUUGCAUGGAUCAUAUUCUGGACACAGAACAUCCCUGGCCUUGGCAAAUAACACAAGAAGGCGCUGUUGAUUUCAGCACAAAAAAGGAAGUCUUUGAUAGGGUCAUGGCAGUUCGAAGGCUUCAAGAGGAGAAGAAGAUCCUUGUCAAAGAGAUCAAGCAGCACUGGGAUUCUCUGAAGUCCCAUGCCAGAGUCUUGUCUGAGUGGUCUUUCCAUCAGAGUGAAAACACCCAACAAGGACAUCUCACAGAGAAUGCGAAGAAGGGUGUCACUUGCCUCAUCCGCAGAAGGCUGAGGCAAAUGAAAGAGCUGCAAAGGCGUGCAAGAAAAGUCUACCUGCAUGUCCUGUCUAACCCAGAAAAUGACAAUCAGUUUUUUUGCACUACAGAUAGUUCAGAUGAAUUUGACUUUAGCUCGGAAAGUUCAGACUCCGAUGUUGACGCUAUGUAAAUACUCUUCAAAAAUACUAAAAUACUACUACAAUGUCAUUGCACCUGAUUUGAUUACAUUUUAUCUUAAACCUACCCCAAAUACCGCCAACAAUCUAAGACUACAAAUCACAGCACAAAGACUAAGCAUAGCCUAGUGUUAAACAGUGGUGGAAGUAUACAUAUCCUUUAUUUCAUUAAAAGUACUAAUGCCACACUGUAAAAAUACUCUUUUACAAGUAAAGGGAAACGAAAAUGGUAGGCCAACAAACACGGAGUAAAGGAAUAAAACAAAAUCUGUGCUAAAUGGAAGGUGGACAUAAUUAAUGUUGGCUACUGAUGUACAACCACAUUGCACAUUGUUAUUUUAUAAAUUAAAUAAACAAAAUGUUAGGGCCAAUUUGGGGUCAGUUGGACUACACUAACGUAGUGGAGUAAAAAGUAACAUAUUUUCUCUGAAAUGUCGCGGAGUAGAAGUAGAAAGUGACAUAAAAAGAAAAGACUCAUAAAGUACAAGUUCCUCAACAUCUCGAGUGAAGUACAGUACUGGAGUAAAUUUACUUAGUUACAUUCCACCACUGUUGUAAUGUUUUAAACAUGUAAAUAAUUAUUUUUGAAUGUACAGGCAAAACUCAUUUUUUCCCUGUAUUGUAUAUGAAUGUGUUCCCUUAUGGAAAUGUUUUGCAUGAUGUUUUUUUAAUAAAUUAUGAACGAAACGUAACUUAAGUUUUGACUUUUUUAAUGUUUUAUGCCAUUAUAACUUUGUUAUACUGCUGAAAAGAGAUUGAGGCGCUCUUCCUU